CUAAUACCGAACCAAAUCUCGCGAGAACGGACGAGGGGAUAAGUUAAGGAAACAUGGCGAUGUCUAAUUUGUUAAAGAACAAGGGUUCCCUCCAGUUUGAGGACAAGUGGGAUCUUAUGCGCCCCAUUGUCCUUAAGUUGCUUCGCCAAGAGUCCGUAACUAAGCAGCAGUGGUUUGAUCUUUUCUCAGAUGUUCAUGCAGUUUGUCUAUGGGAUGACAAAGGACCAGCAAAGAUCCACCAGGCCCUCAAGGAGGACAUCUUAGAUUUUAUAAAACAAGCUCAAGCGCGAGUGCUCAGUCACCAAGAUGACACAGCGCUCCUCAAGGCUUACAUCGUGGAGUGGAGGAAGUUCUUCACGCAGUGUGACAUUCUGCCCAAGCCGUUCUGCCAGCUGGAGAUCACCCUGAUGGGCAAACAGGGCAGCAACAAGAAGUCCAAUGUGGAGGACAGCAUUGUUAGGAAGCUGAUGCUGGACACUUGGAAUGAAUCUAUAUUCUCCAACAUCAAGAAUCGAUUGCAGGAUAGUGCGAUGAAGUUGGUCCAUGCUGAACGGCUGGGAGAGGCGUUCGACUCGCAGCUGGUCAUCGGGGUCAGAGAGUCGUAUGUGAACCUGUGCUCCAAUCCUGAUGAUAAACUGCAGAUCUACAGGGAUAACUUUGAGAAAGCCUACCUAGACUCCACUGAGAGGUUCUACAGGACCCAGGCGCCGUCCUACCUGCAGCAGAAUGGAGUACAAAACUACAUGAAAUAUGCAGACUCUAAAUUAAGAGAAGAGGAAAAACGUGCACUACGAUAUUUAGAGACAAGACGUGAAUGUAACUCUGUACAAGCACUUAUGGAAUGUUGUGUGAAUGCACUGGUAACGUCAUUUAAAGAAACUAUCUUGGUUGAAUGUCCUGGCAUGAUCAAACGAAAUGAGACUGACAAGCUGCACCUCAUGUUCUCUCUCAUGGAUAAAGUGCCCAAUGGGAUUGAACCCAUGCUGAAAGACCUGGAGGAGCACAUCAUCAGUGCUGGACUGGCAGACAUGGUGGCCACUGCCGAGACCAUCACAACUGACUCUGAGAAGUACGUGGAGCAGCUCCUGACUCUCUUCAAUCGAUUUAGUAAAUUAGUGAAGGAAGCGUUCCAGGAUGAUCCUCGGUUCCUUACAGCCAGAGACAAAGCAUACAAAGCAGUUGUGAAUGAUGCCACAAUAUUUAAGUUGGAGCUGCCAAUGAAACAGAAGGGAGUGGGCCUAAAAACACAACCAGAGUCAAAGUGUCCGGAGCUGCUCGCAAACUAUUGUGACAUGCUGCUAAGAAAAACGCCACUCAGCAAAAAGCUGACCUCAGAGGAGAUCGAGCUCAAACUGAAGGAAGUGCUACUUGUGCUAAAAUACGUCCAGAAUAAGGAUGUGUUCAUGAGGUACCACAAAGCCCAUCUGACCAGACGUCUGAUCCUGGACAUCUCAGCAGACAGUGAGAUCGAGGAGAACAUGGUUGAGUGGCUCAGGGAAGUUGGGAUGCCUGCUGACUAUGUGAACAAGCUAGCUAGAAUGUUCCAGGACAUCAAAGUGUCCGAAGAUCUUAACCAGGUUUUCAAGGAAAUGCAUAAGCACAACAAGCUGGCUUUACCAGCGGACUCUGUGAACAUAAAGAUCUUGAAUGCUGGAGCGUGGUCACGCAGCUCAGAGAAAGUGUUUGUGUCUCUGCCCACCGAGCUGGAAGACCUCAUUCCAGAGGUGGAGGACUUCUACAAGAAGAACCACAGCGGCCGCAAACUCCACUGGCACCACCUCAUGUCCAAUGGCAUUAUCACUUUUAAGAAUGAAGUAGGGCAGUACGACCUGGAGGUCACGACCUUUCAGCUGGCUGUACUUUUUGCCUGGAACCAAAGAACACGAGAGAAGAUCAGCUUUGAGAAUCUGAAACUUGCCACUGAGCUGCCUGAUGCUGAACUGAGACGAACUCUCUGGUCUCUCGUUGCCUUCCCAAAGCUCAAACGCCAAGUGCUGUUAUAUGAACCUCAAGUGAGCUCUCCCAAAGACUUCACAGACAGUACAUUGUUUUUCGUUAACCAGGAAUUCUCCUUGAUAAAAAACGCCAAGGUUCAAAAGAGGGGGAAAAUAAACCUAAUUGGCCGAUUGCAGCUGACGACGGAGCGAAUGAGAGAAGAGGAGAACGAAGGCAUCGUCCAGCUUAGAAUAUUAAGAACACAGGAGGCCAUCAUUCAGAUUAUGAAGAUGCGUAAGAAGAUCACAAACGCUCAGCUGCAGACCGAGCUGGUGGAGAUCCUGAAGAACAUGUUCCUCCCUCAGAAGAAAAUGAUCAAGGAACAGAUCGAGUGGCUCAUUGAGCACAAGUACAUCAAGAGAGACGAGACGGACCUUAACAACUUCAUUUACAUGGCGUAACGCGGAAACGACUCCGGAGAUGUUCUGGAGGACGGCGUACCUGUCGAGGAUCAGCAGCGGGGGAGGGAUGGUGAUGUCUCGAAGAUACUGCUUAGACUGCUGGUCUCUCCGGGCGUAGUCAAUGAGUUUGUUUUAACGACAGACAGUCACACAUCAGAUAAAAAAAUGUAUUUAAAAAAAUAAAUCCCUGCCGUACCUUAAAGUGAAGACACAUGGGAUGAGGAUUGGAGAUAAAAAAAAAUAGGAAAAAAGACAAAAAGGAUUCUAUUUUUGCCAUUGGUAGUCAGUAUGCAUGGUGGGCGGUUUGCCUUUUGUAUGUGUACAUCUCCAGCAGCAUGCGGCCAGUGGGAAUGUCACAUUCAUCCCAGGACUUGUUUGUGUGUGCCGUGUCACGAGUGUUUUUUUCCCCUCCCACAUCCUCCGUCUGGACCUCGCCGCGUCCCAUCCUCAGCGCGCAACCCAGGGCGAGAACCGUCCCACCAUCACAAACACCUGGCCUGGCAUGACGACACCGGAGUCACUGAGGAGCGCGGGCCGGGAUGAAGGACUAGCAUUAGCACUUUUCACACUCUCCGCCACAAUAUGUCAGCAUGGCCUUAUUUGGGUUGUUUUUCACGACUUCAGGUUUUGUUUUGACUUGUUUUCUUCGUCAAAAUAUCGCAAAUGAAAGAUUUGAUUGGCUGAUAGCAGUUUAGGCAACACAUUACUCUUUAAAAUGCUAGGAAAAGAGAUCCUGGCAUUCAGAUGUCACAAAGGGUCAAGGUCUGUGGAGAAAAUCUAUCAGUUUGCGAUGUUGUUUUUUUUCCGGUGUACAUGCAUUACGUUACACACCAAGUCAGAAGGUCAGUGUAGUUGCAGUUUCUUUUUUGUGCUUACUACACUUUUCCGUGCUUACUACACUUUUCCGUUAUCGGUCUCAAAUAGCGACAGAUGCCAACUGAUUAGCUUGUGGUGAGGUGGCCCCACUAAGGUCCUGUAACAUGUAGCCUACUCAUCAAACCUGUUGAAUUUUAGCCGCAAAACGAUUUAUUGUCAUCGCCCCGUCACAGAUGAGCGUAAACAAGCGGUAAAGCACAGUUACAGGAGUCCGAGUAAAGCAAGCACUGCUUCAACCUCAGGUAAAGUAGGGCAGAGUUAUUUUAAAAGUAGGUUGUGCUAACUUUAAUUAGCGCCUCGUGGUUCUUGUUAAUCACACAUUGCCAAAGCGAAGCACAAGAGUGCUGAUCUCAAAAUCAAAUAAUGUAGGAUCUAUUGCAAUUAUUGUUUCCCUCUAUUUCCGAGGUCACCCUCAUAGCCACAUUUAGUGGAAAACAGGAAGUCUGGGCUUUUUGUUUUGACUCAUUAUUGUCCCAUUAUGACCGAGUAUCUAUGAACAAAAGCUUGUGCAAUUACUGAUUAUGUGUUUAUUAUAAUCAAAUGAACUGUUAACAUUUAAAUACGUGCAAACAAGUAUUAACUCUUUUAUUUUUCAAGCAGAUUUCCUAUAGUGAUAGUGUCUAGUCAGUCUAAAAUUUAGUUUUUCAGUGUGUUUGGAGUGAAGGUGUGUUCUCAAUAAAAAAUAACAACAAAAAUAUCAUAUUUACUGGCUGAUGACGUCUAGAUUUGAUUGUACGUUCAUAUCCAAACCCAGAACACUGAAUCUAAUGAGGGGAACAUGAUGAUGUCCCAAUGAAAUCCUCACUGAUAUUUCUGUAACAUUGCUGCAGUUCAACUGUCCAUCUCCACUAUGACAUUUUCUGUCAAUUCUGUUUGUUUUUGUCUGUUUUUAAUGCAACACAGUCAUUCAUUUGUAUCCCCAGUGUUUGAUUUCACAUGGUAACUGAAAUAGUGAAAAGGUUCCUUUCGAUUGUACUGAAAAGCCAUUCUUUAUAAGAUCCAGAUGUACAACAGUGUUUGAGGACAUUGUGUUAUUUGAUUGUCCACUUUAUUUAUUGAUAACUUAAGCCUGUUUGAGAGGUUGAGUGUGUGUGUGUGUGUGUGUGUGUGUGUGUGUGUGUGUGUGUGUGUGUGCGUGCGUGUGCGCAUGCGUUUACGCUUAGGAGCCUUUUACAACAGGGUGCUGUCAUAUCCUGUUACGUUUAUGCAUUUUCAUUUUUGGAAUUUAAAAUCGAUGUUUCUGCUGACUAUGUUUUCCUCUAUCAAUUUCUCUAGGUAACUACAUAUAAUUUUAAUAGGACAAGCACUAUGAUUUUCAUAUUUAUCAAUCACUGUUGGAGUUUGUUGUGUGCUUGUGUUAUUCUAAAGCCAAUUUGAAUGACAUCAAAUUAAAUGCAGUCCCAAAAGCUGAAAUUUCAGUUCAUUGUAGUGGAAGAUGAUGAAACUGAAUAAAAAUGGUGUGAAUGACCUUUCGAGGGAAUGCUACAUGAAAUUAUGAAUUAUACUUUAUUGUUUGUGAAUUUAUGCAUUUUCUCUGAUGCACAUGGUAUGUUCCAGUAAUAAAGUCUGUGUGCACUUCAUUCAGUGGUAUAAUGCAAUAAGUGAGCGUGAAACAAGACAUUUUGAAAUCUGUUGAUGGAAUUUUCUCUAAUAAAGUUGCAUACACAUAUAAACACUCACUAUUAAGUUGAUUAUAUUGCACUGAAAUAGUUCCAUGUGUGAGAUGGGGGUGAUCAUUUGAUUUCUUGAGUGGCACAACAGUAUUUUUAUCAUUCUAAUACUGUACUAAUAAUGUGCACUUACUGUCAUUUUUGUCACUCCACUAUAUCGCAUACCAGGAGGAGUGGUGUUUGUGUUCUAUUUAUCGCUCUU